UUUGAGAUGGAAUGUUGGCGUUUGUUUUUUGGUCGCUCGCUUCAGAGUUCUGACGUCAUUAGUGACUGAGGAGUCCUUCCACGAAGUAAUAGAUCACGGGGCUGAAAUCCACGAUCUCCGUGGCCAAAGCUUUCUUGGUCGUCGGAUCUUUUGCCAUGCUGGGUGCUUUGGAUGGUCAUUGCCUGAAAACCGCGGAAGAGCACUCAGCAUAACCUCGCUCUGGGUAUCUGGCAAACUAUCUAUCUUUUACGUUGUCCUGCAACUAUACUAGCUACGACCUAGGAGAGUUAAUAGCAGAGACCAAGACAGGGAUCUGCAACAAGACAAAACAAGAUGAUGAACUCUGGUGACGAUGACUUUCCUCCCAAUCCGUUCCGAACGGACGGAGGUGGAGCUCCUGGGUUUGCCCAGCCACCCCCUCAGCAACAACAACCUCAAUUUGGCCAACCCCAACCCCAAUUUGGUGGUCAAUUGGAUCCUGUUCAGGCCAACAACCAUAUGAAUCAAGGUCCUCAGUUUCAACCCUCGGCAGCCGCCAUGGGAAUGGGAGGAGCCAUGUCCCCCCAACAAAUGGAUCCCACCACUCCCGCUUCGACAUCCACUUCGUGGUGGGGUCUCUGCAUGGCAUGUAUGCGACUGGACACGUACAAGAGGUAUUUCGAUGUCGAUACCUACGAUAUCCAAAAACGCAUGAUUGCCGCCAUGACCCAUUUCCAUCAACCCCAAUAUUUCCGAGAUCAGGUCGUUGGACCCGAAAAUCCUAAUCUGGGAAUUGAUGCUGCCACCACUUCGGAUCUGAAAGGACCCGAUCUCUAUGGACCUGUUUGGAUUACAUUUGUCUUGAUCCUCAUGGUGGCGGCCACUGCCAACUGGUCUGCCUCACUCCGUUACAGCAAUGAUGUGGAAGCGGAAUUCGAAUAUGACAUUAACCAUCUCUUGCAUGCGUGGACAUUUUUGACCGCCUUUGUCUUUGGUGUCCCUUCCGUCUUUUGGCUCUGUACUCGAUGCAUGUCGCUGCAGGCAUUGACAUUGCCCGAAUGGAUCUGCUACUACGGAUACUCCAUGGUACCCUAUCUCCCAGCGUCCAUUCUCUGUACCAUUCCCGUCAAUUUUAUUGCCUGGAUUGUAUUGAUGGCCGCCACGGCGGCAUCGGGACUACUCGUCUUGCGCAAUGCUUCCACACCACUCUUGGCCAGUGAUGCCACGGCGCAAAAAGCACCUCCUCUCAUUCUCGCCAUUCUGGUCGCACAUUUCAUUUUCUUUGUCGCCAUGGGUGUCACGUUUUAUCAUCAUGGAAAGGCACAUCAUGCCGUGUAAUUGUGUAAGUGCACAGCAACAAAAAGACAAAAAUCAAUAUACAAAUACAAAUGACGACAAAAACAAACAAAACAAAUUGAAUUAAAGGAUACCAAGGGAGGAAAUUUUAGAUUGAAUUACCGUAACUGUUUCCAGGCAACAAUCGUAAAAGCAGCCAGUAUCGGAGGAAUCAAUCUUAGUUUGUGGUGUGGCGUCCAGUCCAAACAAUUUAUAUGAGAUCAUUCGGGUUUUUCCACUUUCAAAACCUUGAAGGACACGGUGGAAUGAUAAUAUAGAUUAGGGAAACGACGGAUGGACCGUUGCUCUCAAACUGGGAAAUCCAAAGCGACCUUGGUACAUGUGCAGGUAGGCUACGGUAACCAGGCUCCACCAUCUUUCUCAGCGAAGAGGACUUUUUGCGUGCCAAACCGAGGAGGUGGGGGCGAGGUUCCAAAAGCCUUGCUGGCCCCGCAUCCAGUGAAACUCGUGCUGACGAGAACUUGGCUGCUCCUAAUCAUGCAUCGAGCAUCGAGGUUCAAUUAUAAAAAGCCAACAGAGUUUCUGGUAGCUCACCCGCUAUGCCCAUGGAUGGCUCCGUAGCCCAUCUUUUGCAUACGUCGAAUCGUGCAAUUUCAAGGAUUGCUCCGCCUCUUCAUCUCUCGACUGCUUCGCAUGAAUACAUGGUUGAUAAGUAACCGCACUCUCCAUUCUAAAAACAAAGCAACUAAUAAGGGUUCGUAGCGGUAUGUAAACUCUAAAGGCC